AUGAGGUGGUACGUAUUUUUACACUUCAUAGUACAUAUUUCCAUUUUGGAUGCUGCAAGAUCAAAUUUAGAUUUCAGUAGAGCAUUUAUAUGGCUGGACAGUUUUCUACCUGCAAAUUUGACUGACAUUUCCGAAGCACUAGGAGAGACCACCACUACCCCCCCACCUCCGGAAGGGCGCGAUGAAUUGGGUCUUGGUGAAAGCACGCGAUGCAGAACCGAAAAUGUAACGGAUGGCCAAUGUGUGCCUUUUACGUCUUGUACUGACGCCAUGGACACGACAAGACGAAGAAUAUAUAUCCUCAAUGAUGGAGAUAUCGAUUGCCCCCACAAUUUGCUGGUCUGCUGUCCUGAUGAGAACGUACUCCACGAAGAGACUACCAACACUGAUGAUGAUGAAGAAGUUGUGCGUUAG